UUUCAUAUCACAUAUGUUCGUGCCACGUUUGGAAUGUUUGAUCGCAUCACGAAGCAGAUAACAUUUAUGUUAAGGCAAUCUUAUGUGUAUAAAAGGACUUAAAUGUAACUGAUUUUUACCACUGCUCUACACAUAUCAGAGUUUCACUUGAUGAAGUUUUAUUAAAUUCUCAACGUGAUAACAUUUCAAGAACGGUAACUGGCGAAAUGUUGAAAAACACAUUGACAGUAUUCCCUUCGACUGCAAGUACUGUUCUGAUAAGCCUGCUGCUAUGCUCGGGCGGGAAAAGCAUUUACGGUCUUCCGCGCAGUGACGACGGUUACUGCUAUCCAGGACAGUCGUGUUGGCCGUCAUGGCACGAGGAGCUCGUUUUCGCGAAUUCCCUUGAUGGCGAUUCGCUGCUUCCAACCAGCGAAGCAUAUGCCAACUACACAAUCAUGAUAAAUACGAGGGUUACCAAGUAUCCGUACGUGAUCGUUUUGGCGCAAUCCCUCAGUGAUGUCAUUAAAUGCGUGAAAUUCGCCAAUCGAUUCAACAUCCGGCUGACCAUCCGCUCUUCAGGCCACGACUACAUCGGCCGAUCGACGGGAGACGGCACGCUGCAGAUCAAUCUCUCGAAGAUGCAGGGCCUCGUGUUCGACCUCACGUCCUCACGGCAUGCAGACGGUGAGCUUACAGCCCAGAGUGGCAACACGUGGAUUCGGAUAUACGAGGAGGCUAGCAAACACGGGCGGACAAUAGUUGGCGGAUCAGCACACACAGUCUCGAUGGGCGGGUACACACUGGGUGGAGGGCAUUCGCCAAUAGGGAGAAAAUUCGGGCUGGCUGUGGACAAUCUUCUCGAGGUUGAAAUGGUAACUGCUAACGGCACCCUUGUUUACGCGAACGCCCAGUCCACGGUAUUUGUUGACCUAGAAACUGGAACCAACACCACAACUGGUAAUACAGACAUUUUCUGGGCGGUAAGAGGGGGUGGUGGGUCGACGUUCGGAAUAGUAACGGCCUUCACUUACAAGCUGCAUAUGGAUUCAAAAAUGGCCCGGCUUACCUGUUACUAUGCACUGAAGGACCCAUAUGGUAAUGAUAUUGGCAGACCCUUCCUUAAAGCAUUCAAUGACCUUCUCUCGACGACAUUAGCACCAGAGUGGGGCGGCUACGAAAUAUUAACAGCAACUACAGAUAAAAAUUAUCGUGGGAUAAUUGUAUUGGUUUUAAAUCAUUUUGGCGAAUGGGGAUCACCCUCAUUUAAUACCAUUUGGCCAUUUUGGUCUAAAUUCCUGGACAACUGUCAGGCGGCAAACGUUACAAAUUUUUUGGACUAUGAAAAGACCGUCCAUGAUGAUCUCUAUUACCACACGUACACGUUCAACACCCUGAUGCAGCCACACGGAUUCAACGAUGACUGGUACAACUUCAUCUCGACACUGCUUUUAUCCAACUUUAGUAUGCCUAUUGGCGCGGGAUGUACUGGGGUACUCAUCGGAGGCGCCAUAGGUAAGACGUCAUCCGACGCCACGGCAAUACAUCCCAGCUUCCGGACGGGUGUAAUGAGUCUGACCUGUGGGAUCAGCUGGGACGGACGGCUUGAAGUGCAACCGGAGGAAACAUUUGCGGCUUAUACUGCAGACAAGCUUCUCACGUUCGGCCAGGGCACCUACUUCAACGAGCCCUCCGAGCACCUGCCGAACUGGAAGACGGACUACUGGGGAGGCCAUUACGACCGUCUGCUGGCGAUCAAGCGCAAAUGGGACCCAACGAACGUGUUUACAUGCCUUCACUGCGUGGGGUCUGAUCUUGGUCGAGACCUGCACGGGCAGGGCAACGUCAUGCCAGUUGGUCCCAUUAUUGGUUGAGCUGCUUCAGUGCGCCAGUAGCCUUCUUCGCUACUUUCAAAAGUGUUAUUAACACACUGAGCCGUGUUGUUUUUUGCAGUUGUUGUUGUUGUUUCGUAUGAAAAAAAAAUAAAAUAGUAACAUGUU